GAAUGCGGCAAGUAAGACGCCAUUGCUAGAUUGCGUUUUCUUGUGUAAAGACGUGCGUGUGUCGGAUAUCGGCGUCGGUUAAAAGUCGUUGAUUAAUAAGUCGUUCGUCACGGUAAUCUUUGAUUAGUGCUACGAUAAAACGUAACGUGCGUGAACGUAAGGAGUGUACGUAUCGAUCGAGAAGGAAACGUAAUUAUAUACGCUUCGUAAAAUUCGUGCGCCAUUUCGACAAGGUUCUAGAACGAGCCGAAAAUGCCGGGUUUUAGUAGUGUUGGCACGUUUAAAAUCUUCAUCGGUAAUUUAGCCGACAAGACGUCAAAUGCCGAUAUUAAACCGUUAUUCGAGAAAUACGGAAAGGUCGUAGAGUGCGAUGUGGUCAAAAAUUAUGGAUUUGUGCAUAUGGAAAACGAAGAGGCAGGAAGAAAUGCAAUACAAAAUUUGAAUGGACAUAUAGUUCAUGGGCAGCCAAUCAAAUGUGAGGCUGCAAAAAGCCGUAAAGGACCUAACACUCCUACGACCAAAAUAUUUGUCGGCAAUCUGACAGAUAACACAAAAGCGCCACAAGUUCGCGAACUUUUUGCCAAAUAUGGCACAGUUGUAGAGUGCGAUAUUGUGAGAAAUUAUGGAUUCGUCCAUCUAGAAGCAACAGGUGAUGUCAACGAUGCCAUCAAGGAGCUGAAUGGACAGAUGGUUGAUGGUCAACCCAUGAAGGUUCAAAUUUCCACGAGCAGAGUACGACAGAGGCCAGGAAUGGGAGAUCCUGAGCAAUGCUAUCGAUGCGGUCGCGGCGGCCACUGGUCCAAGGAAUGCCCCAAAGGAGGAAUGGGAGGAGGACCGGAUAGGAAUGGAUACAGAGACCGAAUGUUUGGACGCGACCCGUAUCCUCCACCGCCGCCACCACCGUUCCUUCGGGACCGGCUGAUGGGUGGUGGCCGCUUUGGAGACUACGAAAGCUACUACGACAGGAGGGGCUUCGAGGACACCAGGGACCUCUACGAGAGGCGGUUUACGGGUAUGGGAUCCAUGCGCGACACUGGCUUCUCCCGUGGUAACGAGUACGGAAUGUUCAGCCGCCGAUCACCCCCUCCGAGUGGCAACAACGGCCGGUUCAGCGCUCCCUAUUACGUACAUCACUCAACCGGGAGUGGCGCGGAGGCCUGGGAUGAAGAAACGUUCCUAAGGAAUGCGAACUAGAUUUCUUGAUCGCACUACCGCGAGCCAGGAUGCGAUCUACAAUUUUAACGAACUCUCGUACCGCUGUAGAUAGAAAAAAAAGGGCUGGCGCGAUUUUCAGGAACGGCGCCUAUCGAUUGUCUUUGAAACGUCUCGUAAGUAGAAACCAGCUCUCCAGACGAAUUGGACAGUAAGUUUUUGUAUAUCGGCGUUUCUAAUAGUUGUUAAGGCCAGUUUCAUAGACACGCUUGUUAAAAAAAGAAAAAACAACGGCCCGUUUUUCGUGUAUCAGUUCUGGUUUAUUUGACUCUGAUAAAUUUCGUUGAUUCCAAUCACGUUUGUUUGUUUCUUUUUUUUCAAUAGACGAACCGUAAAUAUGUAAUUUAGUUUACGAAGAAUAUCUCGAGAGUUGCAUCGCGAAUAGCGGUUUAGAGAAAUAACAUUCUAUAGUUGUACACGAGAGAGAAAAAAAUAUGUGUGGUACGACACUCAUGUGCGUUUACGUAUUGUUUUAAAGUAUCGAUUGAAAUGUGUGUACAAGAUCUCAUUUGAUUCGUAGGUAAUUCAUUUCGUUGCUAUUCAUAGCAAAGAAUUAUUCUCUUAUGUUAUUGACUGUAAGAUAUGAUCGUUGCUUUUCUUUUUCUCUUUCUAAUUGUGUGUAAUUGUAUCGAUCCUGUUUAUGUGAUCAGAGUUUUCAACGUCAUUUGGUAAAUUGAACGAAAUUGCGUUAAUUUAGAUUAAAGUACGCUUCAAGUUCUAAGAUGUUUGCUUAUCUCAGAAGUUUCAUGAAACCGGCCCCAUAAAAAAACAAAACAAAAAAAAAGAAAGGAGAAAAAAACAGAAAACAAAAGUUGUUUAUGCGAGGAGAUGUCGCACAAAACUAGUAUGAAUAUGUGAUUGUUAUACAUGCUCCGAAAUUACGAUCCAUAGUUCUUGAAGUUGACUUCUACUCACGAGGUUCAAAGCUUUUCAUGUAUGUAAAUCCACUCGCAAAAACUUUCAAAUAGAGAAACAGUUGAUUGAACUUCUCAAUCGUUCUAAAUACUUUGAAUUUGUUGUUGCACGUUACCUUAUUUAUCCUACAUGUUCCCAGCCUGGGCUGCAAACGGCUCGUUCACAAAUUUGUAACUUUUUGAAAGUCGCAUGGGUUAAAAAUCCAGUCUAACGCUGCCUGCCUCAUAUGACUGGCUAAAACAAGAAAAGAAAACUAAUAAAUGAAAAAGAUUCAAUGUUCUAUCGAACGCUACGAAUUUUGUACGACACGCGUGUAUUAAUUUAAUUAGAUCUCUUUCUAGCGAUGGUACCUCGUAUCGAAUAAAGCGGAUAGAAAUACACAUCGCUACUUCACAUUCGAAUUCUGUAGGGUGGAAUUUAAAUAAUAGGCAGCUAUGGCAGGAUAAUAGGGUAGAUCCUAAUUAAGAGUAGUCUAAUUAACAGCAGCAGUCGUCUCGCUAAGUGUUGUUAGGGAUUCUAUGAACGAUUCUCGAUCCAUGCGUUCACAAAGGCCUCUCGAUGACCUCUUACGCUUUUAAGAAAGCUCAAAUUCAGUUUCUCACCCGCCUCAUACGUUACUUAUAUAUGUACUUCGUUGGCAUUAGGGUAUUCGAGGUUUGCACAGGCAGGUACUCCACGUUGUGAUGGUAUUGUUCUUCGUAAAUACACACUCUUCCAUUUUAGUAGUGGUACGUCGAUGGUUUGAUAGAGUCUUCUAGUGCCUUGAAUUGCCACGUAAUGCUGCUUAUAACGGAGUUUCUCUGGAUACGUGUCGUAUGAAAUAGGUGCUUAAUCGUAGAAGACACGAGGAAAUUUACAUCACUAUUUUUUAGAUGGACGUUUGGAAAUGUCGUUUGAAAUUCGAUCUAUUUUAGUAAUCUUGAAAAAUUGAGAAAGUAUUUUGUUCCUAGAUGAUAUACCAUUCAGCCAAAAUUCUUCUCACGUUUCCUCGUAUCUCUCUCGUAAUUCGGUAAUUAUUUCAUACGGCGCUUAUGUAGAUAUACCCGUACGCAGUAGUAUGUUUCUCUAUUCCUGACCCUUUUUAACAGUCAUAUUAGGCAGCACGCGGUCAUGUGUUUCUUGCACGUUGAAAAUACAGGGACUAAUUCACAAAGUUAAGCCUUGGACAAGGGAGCAAGUAUGGUAUAUGUUGAUCUGAUCAUUCGUAGACUCGAUUAUUUAUUAUACCGCUG